GAAUAGCAACAGCUCUUAAUGCUUGAUUUCAACAGUAGCAGUUUUAAAGGGGGAGUUGAUGUAGUUUCCAUGGAGUUGGAGUUAAUCUACUAGUUUGCCUCAAAAUUGGAAUAGCUGGAGUAAAGCAUUCACAAACGGUGCUUUUAUGAGAAGAGGAAAUGGUACAGGUCUCUCCAAUGAUAAUACGUCUAUGGUCACCAGGGGGCACUGUUCAGGCGCCAUAUCGUUGUGUAGAGGCGGCGAUUCCGAUGUUGCGUAUAGGUCUAUUGCAGCUGAAAGAUUUUGGCAAACCUGCUGCUGCCGCCCCUCGCCGAUUUUGUCUACGAGGCUGUUGGUCGUCCUUUCAAAUUCACUGAUUCCUAAAUUCCCAUUCUGCAUGCAAGGAAUGCUCCUCUUUAGUUUGAAAGUGAUCUGGAAUAGAUCUGAAUCGCAUCGAAAUGGGGAAAUUACAGUCAAAACAUGCUUAUAAGCCUAGAGGAAAUCCAGAGGGUGGUGCUUAUACCGCACGUGUCUCCAUCUGUCGGGAGACGGCAGGAUAUGUGAAUCUCCAUCAGAGCCGCACGAAACGCAAGCAGGAAUUAUGUGGGAGAGAGUUUGAGCGAGAGCGGUCUCUGGCCUAUGCCUGUCCAUUAGAGGAGAGGGAGAUGGAAUCUAACAACCACAUGCCAUUUCAAACCAAUGGCACGUGGGGGGGCCACCCAUGUAGAGAUGUGGGGAAAAACACUGAUGAAAUGCGAAGCAACAUGUCUGUAACUGGAAACCAGCAAGAGUGGCUUUUCAAACUGUAUGCUCUCGAUGACAGUGGAAAAGUAACCAAGGAGGACAUGUCCAGUCUAAUGCACACCAUAUAUGAAGUGCUGGAGAUGUCCGUCAGAAAGUCUUCUCUCCGCUGCACAACACUUCAAAUGAAGUUGUCCAUCACUCCUGCAGAUCGAGACCGUCGAGAAGACGAAGACCCUGUUUUUGAGAAAAUACUUCAGGGUGGAGGUCGCAGAGACAGAGCCUGCGGCAGAAGACGGUUCCAUGAGUGCUGCGGCAGCUCAGAGCGGAGGCAGCAGAGUGUGGAUGAGAACAAGAAGCGCAGGAGUCCCUACCGGGACCUGGCUGGGACUGAAAACUACAUAUGCAGGUUUGAUGCAGAUUCCCCAUCAUCGGAACCCAAGCAGGGUAAUGCCCCCCACAGUGCCCCCUCCACACACCACAGCCAGACAGACUUCUGUGGGUGCAGCCUGUCCUUCCUUAGGGCUCUGAAGGGCCGCAGCCAGGCCCCAGAAUGCACAGGGUCUCCCUUCAAGUCCCGAAAGGAUGUUGUCCAUCAUCCUCCAAUCAGAUGUCAGUCACCACAACAACAACAACAACUGCCCCAGCUUAGCUACAACAGGCAUCUAGGAGGCAACAGGGUGAUAGAGGACUCCUCACCACCCUUAAGGGGCUUGCAUGGAUACCCACUUCAGUUUGGACCCGACGGUGUCCCACCAAGCCCUUCAGCUCUCCCUAGUGGUGUUUUUAUGCCAGUAACCCAGAGACACAAGCACCACCAUCAUCAUGAGCACCAUCAUCACCACCAUCACUACUACCAGGCAUGAGAGGGAGAACUCGACUCAUUUUUGUAGUCAAAAGAUUAAUUCAUUCUGCUUUGAAUCUAAUAAAUAAUUUUGGCCUUA